CCGUCCUCCGCCCGGCCCGUCCUCGGGGGGCGGCCCGCGCCAUGUCCUCCUGAACGCCCCGCAGGCCGGCCCCGGGGCCCCAUGGCGGCCGGCGUGGCCACCUGGCUGCCCUUCGCCCGGGCCGCGGCCGUGGGCUGGCUCCCGCUGGCCAAGCAGCCGCUGCCGGUGGCCCCCCGGGGACGGGAGGCCCGGAGCGACGAGCUCCUGGUGGUCAACGUGAGCGGGAGGCGCUUCCAGACCUGGAAGAACACGCUGGACCGCUACCCGGACACCCUGCUGGGCAGCUCGGAGAAGGAGUUCUUCUUCGACCAGGACUCGGGGGAGUACUUCUUCGACCGGGACCCGGACAUGUUCCGCCACGUGCUCAACUUCUACCGGACGGGCCGGCUCCACUGCCCGCGGCACGAGUGCAUCCAGGCCUUCGACGAGGAGCUGGCCUUCUACGGCAUCAUCCCGGAGCUGAUCGGCGACUGCUGCCUGGAGGAGUACCGGGACCGCAAGAAGGAGAACGCCGAGCGGCUGGCUGACGACGAGGAGGCCGAGCAGGCCUCGGACGCGGCCCUGCCGGCCGACAGCUCCUUCCGCCAGCGGCUGUGGCGGGCCUUCGAGAACCCGCACACCAGCACCAUGGCCCUGGUCUUCUACUACGUCACCGGCUUCUUCAUCGCCGUGUCCGUCAUCGCCAACGUGGUGGAGACCAUCCCCUGCCGGGCGCCCCCGGGCCGGCGGCGGGAGCAGCCCUGCGGGGAGCGCUUCCCGCUGGCCUUCUUCUGCAUGGACACGGCCUGCGUGCUCAUCUUCACGGGCGAGUACCUGCUGCGCCUCUUCGCCGCCCCCAGCCGCUGCCGCUUCCUGCGCAGCGUCAUGAGCAUCAUCGACGUGGUGGCCAUCCUGCCCUACUACAUCGGACUGGCCAUGCCCGACAACGAGGACGUCAGCGGCGCCUUCGUCACCCUGCGGGUCUUCCGGGUCUUCCGCAUCUUCAAGUUCUCCCGCCACUCUCAGGGCCUGCGCAUCCUGGGCUACACGCUCAAGAGCUGCGCCUCCGAGCUGGGCUUCCUGCUCUUCUCCCUCACCAUGGCCAUCAUCAUCUUCGCCACCGUCAUGUUCUACGCGGAGAAGGGCACCAGCAAGACCAAUUUCACCAGCAUCCCCGCCGCCUUCUGGUACACCAUCGUCACCAUGACGACGCUGGGGUAUGGUGACAUGGUCCCCAGCACCAUCGCUGGCAAGAUCUUUGGUUCCAUCUGCUCUCUGAGUGGCGUUCUCGUCAUCGCCCUGCCUGUGCCCGUCAUCGUCUCCAACUUCAGCCGCAUCUACCACCAGAACCAGCGGGCGGACAAGCGCCGGGCGCAGCAGAAAGUGCGCCUGGCCCGAAUCCGACUGGCAAAGAGUGGAACCACCAACGCCUUCCUGCAGUACAAGCAGAAUGGGGGGCUGGAGGACCACAGUGCCGAGGGACAGGCCCUGUGCGUCAGGAACCGCUCUGCGUUUGAACAGCAGCAUCACCAUCUGCUGCACUGCCUGGAGAAAACCACGUGCCAUGAGUUCACCGAUGAGCUGACCUUCGGCGAGGCGCUGGGGGUGAUGUCCCUGGGGGGCCGCACGAGCCGGAGUACCUCCGUGUCGUCCCAGCCUGGGGCGGGCGCCGGAGGAGGCCUGCCCUGCUCUUGCUGUCCCCGCCGGGCUAAGCGUCGCGCCAUCCGCCUCGCCAACUCCACCGCUUCGGUCAGCCGGGGCAGCAUGCAGGAGCUGGACGACCUGGCCGGACCCCCGGGCUCUGGACCCCAGAGCCGCUCUCGUCUCAACGCCAGGCCCCACGACAGCCUGAAGCUGAACUGUGACAGCGGGGAUCUAACGGCCGCCAUCAUCAGCAUCCCCACACCGCCUGCCAACACCCCGGACGAGAGCCAGCCCCCGUCUCCCGGCUCUGCUCCUCGCCCGGGGGGGACCCUCAGGAACUCCAGCCUGGCCCCCUCCUUCCUCCUCCACGAGACCGUCAAGAUCUCCUCCCUGUAAGGGGGACCCGGAUCCACGUUCCCCUCCGACCCGACCCCCGUCCAGUCCUCCAUUCGUUAGGUUUGGGGUGUCGGCUGGCCUUCCGGGGAGGCGUGGGGUCAAAUGCCGUGGAUUCCCCCCUCCCCGCUCAACUCCUUCCUGUUUCAUUUCCAAAGCCAUAUGGGGAGGGGGGCGGAGCACAGGUAUCGGGACCCUCCCCCGCCACUAGCUAUGCAAUAGGGACACAAGGAGAAGGCUCCUCCCGGAGAUACAGCACUGGGGGGUGGGCGCCGUGGGAUGGGGGAGGCUAGCUGCAGAAGGAAGGCCUCUCACCUCCCUCCCAUCCCUUCUCCAGUCUUCCAGCUGUGGUCUCCUUAGGAGAGAGCCCAGGCACUACGGAGCCAUAACCAACAUCAAGGAGGAGAUGGGGUUCACAUGUCCGCCUCCCCUCCCUUCAGCUUUAGCUCAGAGGUACUCCCGGAGUGGAGGGGCAACGUUGCCGUUGGAGCGUGGAGCGCGGGUGGUGGUCUGGGGCUGCGGAGAGCGGGAGCAGCACCGAGAACAGCUCGGGAUGCUGCCUUUACCUGCCUCGGAGUUCUCGCCUCCUUCCGGGCCACAGAUCGCCUCCUCUCCCUCCCUCCCUCAACAGCCUCCAGUGCAUCCAGUGUAUCCAUUCCAGCCAGAAGGCUAGCAGUAUGGGUCCCUUCCUCGCUGUGGACCAUCCUUGUCUCAGCACCUCUUGCCGCCCACGGUACCCUGGGCCUCCCCUCCCACUCCCGACUAAGGCUCCGGGGGGACCCGACGAGGACGAAGCGGGGGGGGUCAGACCUUCUGAGAGGAACCCAGGUCCGAGAGCAAGGCGAACGGGGCCUCGAGGAAGGGUGGGGGCGUGGAGCCGGGAGGGGGCAACGGGGCAGAACCGCCGAGACACGGCAGCCAGGCUAGUCAGCUGCAAUCCUAGAGAAAUCCUGACCCCUCCGAGGGGUCACCGGGGCUGGCGAGAGUCCUUAACCUGACCCCUGAGGCUCCCCCAAGUCUCAUCUCAGGAGGUGUUGGGAGAGAAGACGGGGGUCCAACCCUUCGGCCCCCCCCAAAUCUCGAGAGGUCACCUCCCGAUGGUGACCCUCGUUCACUACUGCAUGGCACAAUAUAACAUUAACCCCUGGGCACCCCCAACCCCUCUGGAGAAAUGGUUCCCGAGGGGCUCCGGGCAGAUUGUGAAUGAACUUCCAGGGGAGUUGGGCCACCCCGCCACAAAGCCCUUGGGGAAGCAAGAGGAGACCCUCCGUCUCCUCCAACUUCGGAUAGCACAAAUCCCGGGACUUGUAUCGGUGGGAUCGAGGCACAUCUCCCUUUCCCUCGGAGAGAGGUUCUCCGCCGGGCUCCCUUACCCUUCGAACCCCGACUUCGUGCAAACUCAACCACUAUCUCUAAGGUGUUAUGCAAGGUCCUCCAUCUCCCUGAUGCUGUUUCGGCUUCCUUGAGGCAAAAUCAAGGAUGGAGGUCGGGGGACGUCUCUCUUUUAUGCGCUUUCCCUUUCUUUUCCACCUACAAUGACGGGGACUGCUCUGGAGCCAGGUAAGGAAGCUGGGUUGGGAGCCUGAAAGUCAAGAUUCUUCUGAUGUGAGCUAAGGGCAAAUGACAGGCAAGGCCCGGAAGGGCAAAUAAUACUAACAAUAAUGUUGGUAUCUGUUAAGCGCUUACUAUGUGCAGAGCACCGUUCUAAGCGCUGGGGUAGA